AUAAAACAUGGACGUUAAAACACUUUUAUCCAGCCAAGAGCUAAAGGAUUCUUUGGACAAGCAUUGGCCAGAUACAUUAGAAAUUGCACGUGCCCUAGCAUUAGGUGAGCAGUAUGAUGUGCAUCUAUUUGCUGAUAGUUGGCCUCAUAUAACAACACUGAUACUAACUUAUAAUGAAGGCAGUGCUAAAAGUAUGAACAACAGAUUAUGUACGUCUAGUUGCUUGACUGCAUUUGUUACAGGAGUUUUUAUAUUCAGUACUGAUGCAUCGAAAAGUGUUUCAACACUUGAGAAAUCAGGAAUUAUUACUGACUUUAAAAUUUCAAUAGUUCUCGGAUCACCUUUCAAUUCCUUACUCUCUUUUAAUAUGUUGAAAUUAAAUUUUUGUGUGCCUAUGAUGUCAACUAUACAUGCAAUAGAUUUACCGAUGGCUAUUGAGAUUGAUCCAACCAAGAGAGAAGAGCUAAAGGAUUUUUUGUACAGGCAUUGGCCAGACACAGUAGAAAUUGUGCAUGCUUUAACAUUAAGUGAUGGACACAGUAUUCAUCUAUUUGCUGAUAGUUGGCCUCAUGUAACAACACUGAUACUAACUUAUAAUGAAGGCAGUGCUAAACAGGUUUUCAUAUUUACUACUGAUGCAUCACAAGGUGUUUUAACACUUGAGAAAUCAGGAAUCAUUGCAGACUUAGAAAUUUCAUUAGUCAUUGGUGAUAAGGAAAUUCUUCAGAGAGCAAUGGAUAAAAUUAUAUCUGAUCCUCUUUAUGUGGGACAAAAAUAUCACAUCUGUGAGGAGGUAGCAGCCAGAUUUAUUUACAAUGCAUCAUUUGUAACAAUGAAUAACAGAAAACCUCUUCCUGCAGGAUACAAGCUUGAUGCUAUUCAUUCUUCUGACGUUGAGCUUAUUGCAUCAAAGUGGCAUCCUUAUGAUGGAUUGAAGAGGCUUAUGAUACACUACAUUACUAAUUAUCCAAAUGUUGCAAUCUAUGAUACAACAAGGGAGCCUCCUCAACCAAUUUCCUGGGUAACAUCAUCAGGGCUAGGUGCCCUAUGGCACUUAUACACAGUUGAAGAACAUCGUGGUAAAGGAUUAGGGACUUUAGUGAUACAAGAAAUCACUGAGAAAUUAUUGGCUGAGGGAGUUACUCCAUUGACGUACAUUCAAUUGUCUAAGAAGUCAUCCCAGUCUAUAUUUGCAAAGUUGGGAUACGUUAGAACUGGAUCUGUUGUAGCUUUUAUGGAUGCUUUGCAAUAAAAGAGACAAUGAUAUGAAAAAAACAUGUUGACUACAAAAUUCUUAAUAGUCUAAUUAUAGUUAGUUUAAUUCAAUGAUUUUGAACUACUUAA